AUGUCGCUCACGCACGGCGCUCGGUGGCUUGCCGAGCUCAGGGAGCUUUCCUCCGCUUUACCUCCUCCUGACGACACUGAUUCUCCACUUCCCAGUAAGCGGCUCCGUCUUGAGGAGCCCGGCGGUGUCCCUGAGGCGGGGUGGAGGCUGCCUUUGGUGCCUCACUUGUCUGAGGUGGAAAAAUUCUGGGAGUUGUCGCCCAGACCCUUCAAGGCGCUCCUUGUUCCGUAUGAGGAGAUUUUUGAAAACUCCACAGACUCGUGUGUGGAGAAAUCAGUCAAUGGGAAGAAAACAUGUAAUCUGGGAUGCCAAAAUAAGAAGUUUGAGACGAAUAGUUAUUUGCGGUCUCUCCCCUCACAAAAUUUUGAUUCUGGUUUGAGGGCUUCCAGAAGGUCUUGUGAGCCAGGACUGUGUGACAGAGAGGUUUUCGGUGUGCGUUGCAGCGGUAGACCUGAAGCAGAGGCUGGUCAGCUGCCCAACGCCUUCUUACACGAUGUACAUGGAGUUAAAAACGAGGACGGAAAAGAAUAUUUAGUCCGGGGGAGAGACAAUGGUCAGAAAGACAAUGAUCACAUAAAACAGACAAAAAAUCAAUUUUUAGAUGUUACCUGUUACAAGGAAACCAAAUCAACAUUUCAUGAUAUUAAGAACAGAGGUGAAGCUGACAGUGGUAUGCCAUCAGAUGAAAAAGAAAAUAGCAUUUCAGCAUCUACACCAAAAAUGUCAAAAUCUCAAAACCAGCCCAGCAUGGAAAUUGCUAAACCCAGCUGUUUUAGAGAUAGCUGCACAAUGAGUAUCCCUGAGUUUCCAGCUGGUUUAAACAGCAAAAUGUCCCCUGUCUAUUUAAAGGAAAUAGCAAAGAACAAGAACGACAAAAAUAAGGCAUAUGUUAGGGAUUUCACAAACAUUUACUGGUCCCAAAACAGACCUGAUGUAAAGAAGCAAAAGUUACAGGAUGAUACUAUUGUGGAUGCAGAAAAUAUUUUUUCUGAAUGUUGUGAAAAACACCAGUCACUCAGCAACCGAAGUAUUUGUGUGAGAAAAAAAGACUUGAUCAGUUUACACCACUAUAACCACUGUAGUGUCAAGUCUGAUGUAAGAGUCACUGCAAAGAAUUUCACUAUAAAACUAGAACAUGCAAAUUGGGAAGAAUUUAGCAAUACUUUUGAAAGUUUCAUCACAGAAAUUUUUUAUUUCUAUAAAAGUAUUUCAGGAAAUCAAAAAGAUAAUAGAAUUUUAACCUGGUAUGAAACUUUGAAGUGUAAAAAGCAAAUUGAUAUUCAAAAUCUAAUAACUGAGAAUAUGACUGUCAAUAGAAAAAAUGAUAUUUUAAGCAUAAAUUUACAAACCAGUGUUUCAGACCCUCAAAAUAUUAUUUUGAAAACUAGCAUAGCUUUACUUCUUAAUCACUUUGACUGUUUAACCCGAAUUGAAAAUGAUUCUAAAUUAGAAGAGGAAUGCAUUUCCAAGUGGAUAAUAUAUUUGAAUUAUCCAAAAAAUGUUACAGUGGAAAAUCAUACUGUAUAUCCAGUCAGAAUUUUAACUUUUUCAAGACUAUUAGAAGAUAAUAUGGAACCUAUGUUAGAGAAAAGAAGACUAUUUAAAACUGAAAAAGUUUUUGAAGAGUCUGAGGAAAAACUUAUCAAUUCCUUUAGUAUGACAACUAAAAAUACACAUUUUCCAAUUUUUGAAACAUAUGAAAAAAUUCCUCUUUUAAUGGACUUUGAUGACAUGGAUGAAAUGUUUUUGACAAAAGAAAUUAGUUACAAGAAUAAGAGUUGUCCUGAACAACUCAUGAAUGUGGAAAAUUGGGUUCACUGUAGUCCUAAAACUGUUAAAACACAUGUUAAGUCUGGUUCUCAACUCAUACAGAACAACCAGAAAUGUAUUAAUAAAAACAUUUAUGGAAUGAAUGCACAGAACCAAGAUUUAGAUACUGCAGGAAAACAAAAGCAUAGUAAGAUCAGUAGAUACCAUUUUAAACGCGUACUUGAAGAUUUUUUCAAUAUUAGGCAACAGGCUACACUGGCAAGCCAAGACACAAAAUAUAGUGAACAAACCAAUCCCACAACUAUAACUCAGGUGCUAAGUUUUGGGAACUUGAUAAGUGAAACUGAAGGAAAAAAACAUGACUUAAUUUUGAAGGAGGAAGUAAAAGUCACAGCACAAAGUUUAACAGACAGUUGCCGAGUGCAUGAAGAUAUUAAGAUAGAAAAGGAAGAGAAGAAUAGUUUUUAUUCAAUGGAUGGCAUGUUUGCUGUGCUACCAGUUUCAAUAAUGAGUAAGAAAGUUGAUGUGGAAGAAACUAAAUAUGUUAAUCAAAAUAAUGUAGCUGACAGAAAUGAAUAUGAGAGUAUUUUGCAAAAAAGUGAGUUAGUUAAUUCAAAGCAUUUUCAUCCAAAGAAUGAUGCUACAGAAUGUGUUAAUCAUCUAUUUGAAACUCAUUUGAGUGUAGGGAACAAUGAAUGUUUUCAGGACUUAACUGCCAAGUGUUUGUCAACAGAAACUCCGACAAUAGCAAACAAUUUUGAGAUGAAGAGUAAAUUUGAUUUAGUACUUAAAGAACUUCAUAUGUUCCAUGAAAUUAGUAAGGAAAAUGAAAUUCUAAGCCCUGUGGAAACCAACAGUGGCCAAGAAAAUUACUUUGGAGAAAAUAAUGAUGUUGAGAAGAUAAAAAUGGAGAUUAAAAAAGAUUUGAAAAUGGGUACAGAAAACAAAAUAAGUUCAUCUCCUUUGCUCUGUGAUACUAUAGCAGGUCCUAAUAUGCAUAAAAAACACCAAAGUUUAUUUAAAUGGAAAACGGUACUCAAAAAUGGAGAACAGGAAGUUCCUAAUAAAUUCUGGUGUCAAAGAGCAUCAGAAGAAUUACUCUCUUCUACUUCCAAGGAAGGUAGUAAUUUUUCAUACGGAAUUUCAAGAGUACUACCUCUUAAGACAUGCAGUCGACCAAUCAGAAUUGGUUUGUCAAGAAAAGCUAAGCUUAAACAACUUCAUCCCUAUCUGAAAUAAAUAUGUUACAAGAACUUAAAAGAAGAUACUGGACUUUAA